AUGUUUACGCGUCGGUCUAUCGCGAUGAAAACGGUCAGUGAGCGGCAGUUAGGGGACUGUCAGCACAUGAAGCUGAUGCUUGACGGGAAACAUGCCCAUUGUCAAGGCGUUUAUUUAGGCGUUCUCGGCGGCACGUCCGUCAGAUCAAGUGAUCUUGUGAGCAAAUGCAUCCUCACUUUUGGGUCCUCAACGAACUCGACGCACGAGAUCAUGAAAGUGAUCCGCUUCGAGAACAACGUUGGUAAUCCGUGUCGAACGUGCGCACGACCCUCGCGAUCGACGAUUCGGGUUUGA